ACUCUCCAUGUGGCUAAAAUGACCAUAAAAAUGAGCUUCAUUCUCAAUCCCCUCAUAACAGAUAUAAUCCGACGUAUUGGUAGUCAGGGCUUUCGAUACCUUGGUCCUUUCAUUGCUGCUGGGCCUUGGUUGAAAGAGAUUGUGUACUCACGUGAAGGUCUCCUCGACGUAGAUCUUGAUGAAUUCAUGUUUAACACUAGACUUGGUAGAGAAGAAUCUAUCUACCGACCAUUCUUGUUAAGAUGCGCAGCUGAAGCGCUGGAGAUGCUUGGAGAAGUAGCUUAUUCUGACCUCUACACUAUGUUUGCAUUUGCUGUGAUGCUCCUUUGUUGUGGUUCCUAUGAACAAGGUAUGAUAGUUACCAGAACUUUUAUGGCUAGAGUUGAAACUUUGCAAUAUGCGAUGGACAUUGCGGGUGUGGUGGAAAACCAGGUCAGAAAUAUCGGUCCUGGAGGACAGAAAGUUUUUUCAGGAUAUAUCCAUUUCUUAGAGUAUCCAAUAUGCUAUUUUGACCACAACACGAAUUUAACUGUUUGUCAGCAUUGCUUAGCUUUGAGUUACGCAAAUACGUUCCAUGAAAUGUGUUAAGAACAUUAGCAUUCCCAAUGAUGUUGUAGUUCUCUGUUUUUUUUAACAAACUCUGUUUUGGUUA